CCCACCCCCGCCGGGCACGCCCCCCGGGCGCUCUGACCGGGCGCGGGGCCGGGGCCGCUCCGGGGCCGCCGCUCGCGAUCACCGGCACCGCCGCCAUGGCCGCCGUGCUGCAGCGCCUGGAGCGCUUCCUGCACAGCCCCGGGCCCCUCGGCGACCUGCUGGCUCGCCUGGAAGCGCGCACCGGCGUCCAACGGCUCUACCUGGCCACAGGCUCCGUGGCUUUCCUGGGGCUCUACCUCAUGUUCGGCUACGGCGCUUCCCUGCUCUGCAACAUCAUCGGCUUCGUGUACCCCGCCUACGUCUCCAUCAAAGCCAUCGAGAGCAACAACAAGGAGGAUGACACCAUGUGGCUCACCUACUGGGUGGUCUACGGCGUCUUCAGCGUCGCUGAGUUCUUCUCUGACAUUUUUCUCUACUGGUUCCCCUUCUACUACGCCGGGAAGUGCCUGUUCCUGGUGUGGUGCAUGGCCCCCGUGCCCUGGAACGGCUCCCAGCUCAUCUACCACAACGUCAUCCGCCCCUUCUUCCUCAAGCACCACCAGGCCGUGGACAACAUGAUGGGUGACAUCGGCACCAAGGCCCUGGACGCGGCGUCCUCCGUCACCCGGGAAGGCGUCAAAACAUCCCUGAACCUGGCAGAUUUCGUGCAGAAGGUGAAGUAAGAGGGGCACCGGGGCCACCGGUACCGGCACUACAGCCCCGGUACCGGGACCAGCACCGGCACCGCGCUCCCGGUACCGGUACCGGCACCCCCCGUUCUGCACCGAAGCUCCCCAUACCGGCACUACAGACGCCGGUACCGGCACCACGCUCCCGGUACUGGUACCGGCACCCUCCGUUCUGGCACCGAAGUCCCCCGCGCAGACUCCGGUACCGGCACCGCGGCCCUGCUGACGGUACCGGCCAGCCCGGGCCGCACCGCCCGGGGUCGCGGCUUUCUCCGGUCCCACUCUGUUGUUCCCCCGUUCCCCCGUGCCCCAAUAAACGCCGGUGCCCGCCCAG